UGAAAAUCGGAACGCAACCUUUGUCUGUAAGUAAAUAAAAACGGACAACGAAGCAUUCAUUGUUCAUAAUUCUAAGGAGAAGAAUUGGGUAGACAACCAUUAGAUUUUAACGACGAAAAAUGGAAUCAAUGGAUUAUGAUGAAGAUCGCAGCAGUUGGCGCGAUGAAAUUGGUCGAAACAGUGAUGAAGGAGGCAGUGAAGAUGUACCAGAGAAUCCGAAAGAGGUUUUGAAUGAGUGUUUGGAUAAAUUUAAAACACCUGAUUAUAUAAUGGAGCCUGGAAUUUUUGUCCAACUUAAAAGAUACUUUCAAGCUGGUGGAAAUCCAGAGCAAGUUAUAGAAUUAUUAUCCAAAAAUUAUACAGCUUGUGCACAAAUGGCAAACCUACUUGCAGAAUGGUUGAUUCUUGCAGCUGUAAAUGUUACUGAUGUGCAAGCAAUGGUAGAAAAUAAUUUGAAGGAUAUGAUUCUCAAAACUUUUGAUCCCAAGAAAGCAGACAAAAUCUUUACAGAAGAGGGUGAGACCCCUUCUUGGUUAACCGAGAUGAUUCAACAUCCCACAUGGCGAUCUCUUAUUUAUAGACUUGCGGAAGAAUAUCCCGAUUGUUUGAUGUUAAAUUUCACUAUUAAACUUAUAUCUGAUGCUGGAUUUCAAGGAGAAAUCACUAGUAUUUCAACUGCGGCGCAACAAAUUGAAGUAUUCUCACGUGUGUUAAAAACUGCAAUUGCUGGAUUUCUUGAAAACACAGAAAAUUGGCAAUCAAGUAUACAGGAGUGUGCAAAGAUGGUGUGUCAUGGUCAGCAUACCUAUGUUUACAGCCAAGUUCUGUUACAAAUUCUUGCACAAGAACCUCGUGGUGGCUUUAUGAUGAAAAGACUCUCCCAAGAGAUCACCAAAUGUGCCCAACAAAAUCGACAUGAUGUUACUCCAAUAACUAUGGCAUUGAAUGGUGCUGCUAGUAGUCCUGGAGCAUGUCAGGCAUUAUCAUCUAUGUUAUCAAGAAAUAGUUUAAAUCCUGCUGAUAUCACUGUAUUGUAUAGAAAUUAUUCGGCUGCAGAGCCACCUCCUAUAGAGUUACUACGUAAUCCUCAAUUUUUAGAGUUAUUAGUUGACGCACUUUUUAAACCUGGUGUAAAAAUUAACCCUGAACAUAAAUCAAAAUAUAUAUAUCUAUUAGCUUAUGCAGCUAGUGUAUGUGAAACUGCUCCUAAAAAAGGCAAUACACGUAAAAUUAAUAAGGAUGAUCUGAAAACUACUACUCAGGCAAUUGAGAAAGUACAUAAUAUAUGCAAUGUAAAUAAAGGAUCAACUGAAUUAAUAGCAGAGCUUCAAACUCUAUAUCAAUGUAUAAGGUUUCCUGUUGUAAGUGUGGGUGUAAUACGAUGGGUAGAAUGCACUGUUACAGAACCUUCUUAUUUUAAAUUAUGCACAGAACAUUGUCCUCUUCAUCUUGCUUUACUAGACGAAGUUGUAGUUUGUCAUCCUCUGUUACAUCCGAAAGUAUUGAGAUUACUAGUACAAUUAUUUGAGAGCAAACAAGAUGAACUGGAAAUACUUGUACAGCUGGAAAUGAAAAAAAUGUUGAUCGAUAGAAUGGUAAAUUUAUUGAGCAAAGGCUGUGUCGUUCCUGUUGUAUGUUACAUUAAGCAAUGUUGGCAGCGUAGCGACACAGACGUGUCUCUAAUCAGAUAUUUUGUUACAGAGGUUUUGGAAGCGAUAGCACCCCCGUACUCCACUGAAUUUAUACAAUUAUUUUUACCAAUGGUAGAAAAUGAGGAAAUCACUGGAAGUAUGCGGGGAGAAAACGAUAAUGAUCUGGUUUCCGAAUUCAUUGUACAUUGCAAGACACACAGCCCUGUUGUAAGAUGACGUUACAAAAAUUAAUCGUGAGUAAACUUGAAGGGUAACGAUAAGGAUGUAUAA